GACAAUUUUCCUGUCACGCGUCAAAAAAUCUUCGGAACAUCUCAGUGCCUGUGAUAAACAACAAUUGAGGCUAAUUACUACAACAAAUCAGUUCAAAUUGUGUCUCACACCCACGCCAUAGAUACAGACGGUCGUUUGCAAACAUAAACAACGUGUUUCUAGCACGACCGGCUUCUCGUGUGAUGUGCAAUAGUUGAAAAUCCACGCGUUAUGGCAUCUGGUUCUAAAAAUGAUAUAGUUAAUAGAUUGCUUAACGUGAGACUGGACGACGGGGGUGGAGGAGAUGAGCUGCCGCCGCAGAACAUGCUGCCGUCGAACCAGCAGGCGCGGCAGCUCGUACAGAUACAGGAGGAGGAGAACGGGCAGGUGAUCGAACCUCACGCCUCAUCCUCCGCGAUAGAGAACCUUCAGCCAAUAAACAACACUGGCGGCCGCUUACACAACUGGCAGGCGACAAAAACUACCGUAAAAGAAAGAUUAUCGUUCCUCUUCAACAAUGAGAUUUUAUGCGACGUGCAUUUUAUCGUUGGCAAAGACGCAAAUCAGCAGGUGAUACCGGCGCACAAGUUUGUGUUGUCUGUGGGGAGCGCGGUGUUCGACGCCAUGUUCAACGGAGUCCUAGCAACAAAGUCUGAUGAAGUUGAGUUACCGGAUGUGGAGCCAGCUGCGUUCUUACAUUUACUAAAGUUCCUAUACUCAGACGAGGUGCGGAUUGGUCCAGAGAGUGUGAUGACAACGCUGUACACAGCUAAGAAGUAUGCUGUGGCUGCGUUAGAGGAGCACUGUGUAGAUUUCUUGAAGAGUAACUUGGGUACGGACAAUGCGUUCUUGCUGUUAACGCAGGCGCGCUUGUUUGAUGAGCCACAGCUGGCUGCGUUGUGUUUGGAGAUGAUAGAUAAGAAUACUGCUGAUGCAUUAAAUGCUGAAGGGUUUACGGAUAUAGAUCAGGAUACACUUAACGCUGUGUUGGAGAGAGACACACUCCGCAUCAGAGAAGCGAAAAUAUUCUCAGCUGUCCUGCGCUGGUCAGAAGCCGAGUGCAUACGACGACAGCUACCCGUCACACCAACCAACCAAAGAAUGGUCCUAGGCCGAGCCUUCAACGCCAUAAGAUUCCCCUUAAUGUCCGUAGAAGAAUUCGCCAUGGGGCCUGCCCAAAGUGGCCUACUAGACGACAGAGAAAUGGUGCAAUUAUUCCUGUAUUUUACUGUUAACCCUAAGCCAAAUGUGGGGUUUCUCGACACUCCCAGAUGUUGUAUGACUGGGAAGGAGUUGACGGUGAACCGGUUUCCCCAGACGGAGUCGAGAUGGGGCUACAGUGGGACUACGGACCGGAUCCGUUUUACGGUUGAUCAGAGGAUCUUUGUGGUCGGAUUUGGGCUGUAUGGUUCGUACUUUGGGCCCACGGAGUAUGAGGUGCACUUACAGAUAAUCCACCUAACAAACAAGAAGGUAUGCGGUUCUAACACAACCACGUUCUGCUGCGACGGCACGGACGACACGUUUCGCGCCAUGUUCAAGGAGCCAGUCGAGAUACUGCCCAACACGUCUUACAUAGCUAGUGCUAAGCUAAAGGGCACGGAUUCCUAUUAUGGCACGAAGGGUCUUCGCCGCGUAACAGUGGAUUGCAACAACGGUGAAAAAGUAGUAUUUCAAUUUUCUUAUGCGGCCGGUAAUAAUAAUGGCACAUCCGUCGAAGAUGGCCAGAUACCGGCCAUUAUUUUCUACAUAUAAUCCCACCUAAACGCUGGCAACAUUUAUACAGACCAGUGGUUACAAUUUUUGUGCUAGUAACAUGUAUUUGAGGCUGGCAACUGGAGGUUUUAUCAAAGCCUUUUUGGUUGUCGGAGGUGUUUAAAAAAGUUGCGGUGUUCUAUUUAUGAAUGAUAUUCGAUGUCAAAAAGGCUCUAAUGAAAUGAGUUUCUAAUGUUAUAUUUUAACAUCGAGAUUUGUAGUCUGAAGCUGAAUUCGUGUUUGUUUAGUUACAACUUUACUGAUUGACAUUAUUUUAUCAUUUAUAGAUGUCACCGUAUGACUUAUAAAUAGAGUUUCACGACGGAUGGAAUCCGUUCGUUCGCCAAUAUUUUAAAGCGGGACGGCUACGCUAGACGAACCGAGCACGAGCGAAGCACAAGCGGAGCCGUUCUCGGCUUGUCGUUCCCGGCGUCAAGUGUGGACGUACAACGAACCUACAACGAUCACUGUUAGCAAACCCCUUUGUGUU